UUUUUUUCUUUUCUGUCCUUCUUUUGAAACUUACAUUUUUCGUACUUUACUGCCGACGAUGUCAGUCAAAGAAUUACCAUUUGUUUCCGUUCAAGCUGAUUGGAAUAAGGUUGUAGAGGAAUGUAGUUCUAAAACUGCAGGGGAUAGUCACUCUUUUUGGCUCGACUGUUAUUUAACAGGUCACGAAACUGUGCAUGGAAAGGUUGAUAUAAUAGUAUCAGAUGGAAAAGAGGCUGAACUAAAAGGGAAAGAAGGCAUUGAUGUCAAGGCAAUAAACUCACGCUCAUUCAUAUUGGAGUGUGAUAAGAUGAACCUAAAAGAUGUUCUUGUGUUUAGCCCCAGGAAAGAAAUCAAUGUGCGGAACGGGUCAUUAACGACCUCUGUUUCGUGCGUAGAUAUAUCACCGAACGGUAAACUGUUCGUUGCAGGUUGUGGUGAACAAGCAUUCUUGGGAUCCAUGGAUACCGGUGAAGUACAGGUGACGUUAAACGGCCACCUUAGCGAUGUUACCACAGUUCGAUUUUUUCCAAGCAACUUGGUUGUUUUAACAGGCGGUGCAGAUUUUCAAUUGAAGAUAUGGUCAGCUAUUAACGGAAGUAAUCCAGUUACACUCAAAGGCCAUACAGGAGCCAUUACUGGUUUAGCGAUUAUAUCAAAAGGAAGAAAUGUAUUAUCUUGCUCACGGGAUGGAACUAUUAAACUCUGGAAUUGCGGCACAUCCUCUGUCAUAAAUACCAUGGGCAACUAUAAGGUGCCCAUCAAUAAAAUGUUGUUGGCUAAACUUCCAAGAGAAUAUACACCAGCUUCUGUAGAGGACUUAGAUCCACUUGAGGUUGAGACGGCUGAUAAGUUUGUACUAGUGGCAUUAGAAGAUGGUAGUGCUCACUGUAUACAUCUGGGCACAAAGCAGGAGCUUUCUGCUAGUCAUCCAAAAAACAAAACUCCCCUUACAGCCAUCGCUUAUGAUUCUAUUUCCAAUAUGGUCGCUACGGGCAAUAAGGACGGCAUAGUUGAAGUCUUUGAGAGCCUGAACAGUCUUGAUAAGCCUGUUUUACAAUGGAAGAGAAAGGCAUUUGCUAUCACGUCAUUAGCAUUCAAAAAGAAUGAUGAUAAUAUAGUUCUUUGCGUUAGUAGCGCUGAUGGAAGUAUGUAUCAAACAGGGCCUAUAAAUGGCUCCUCAAAUGAUGAUGUAUAUGUACGUGCUGAAUUCUCAGGAAGUGAACUCGAAACGAUUCAUGAAAUGAAAGUGUACAAUGACGCUGGUAGCGAGCAAAACAUGGAUAAAGUACAGAGAAUAGUGUGCGCUGUACGUGAUGGAAAGCUAAAGUUUUACUGAUUGAUUUCAGCUAUGCCUUUUCGGAUAUGUAUAUAUUUCAACUACUUAUAAAAGCAUGCGAACUACACACUUCACAUCAAACCACUUCAAUGAUAUGUACGUGACCCAGAGUACUAACUGCAUAAUGUCAUUUAUGAUACUCUCACAACUUUGCAACCAAAAAAAA